CAAAACACAAAACUGCUGCUUCCGCACUGCUUCCUUGUUUAUUUAGUUUUAGAAAAAAGAGUGCAUUUAAAGUUAGUUUUUUCCUUCUCUGGAAACGGCGAGAGCUACUCCACAAGAGUUUUGAAUCCCCAACUACCAGGAGGGUUCACACAGAGAAAGCUGAUCACGUCUAAUCAGGAUCUGACUUUCACCACAACCAAGUUUGAGUUCAGGUUUUGGUCUGAAUGGCCACAGCUGCAGAGGAGCCUCCAGAGCUGCAGGGCCUCUCUGGUAAUACGACUGGGACCCGAAAAAAUGCUUCCCCUGAGAGUCCAACCACCGGCAUGUCUCCCGCCAUGAAAAAGACUAUCGGCCAUCGUGGAAUUGAUCCUACUGGGGAGACGACGUACAAGAAGACAACAUCUUCAGCCCUGCAAGGCGCAAUCCAGUUAGGCAUCGCUCACACGGUGGGCAGCUUAAGCCAGAAACCUGAGAGAGACGUGCUGCUGCAGGACUUUGAAGUAGUCGAAAGCAUCUUCUUUCCCAGUGAGGGCAGUAACCUGACACCAGCCCACCACUAUGGAGACUUCAGGUUCAAGACGUACGCCCCAAUGGCCUUCCGGUACUUCAGGGAGAUGUUUGGCAUCCGGCCUGAUGACUACAUGUACUCUCUGUGUAAUGAGCCGAUGAUUGAGCUAUCAAACUCCGGGGCGAGUGGAUCUCUCUUCUACGUCUCCAGUGAUGAUGAGUACAUCAUUAAGACAGUGCAGCACAAAGAGGCAGAGUUUCUGCAGAAACUGCUCCCAGGUUACUUCAUGAACCUGAACCAGAACAAACGGACCUUAUUACCAAAGUUUUAUGGACUCUACUGUGUCCAGGCAGCGGGUAAGAACAUCCGUAUAGCAGUCAUGAACAAUCUGCUCCCGAGCGCCGUACAAAUGCACCUCAAGUAUGAUCUAAAGGGCUCCACCUACAAGAGGCGGGCAUCACCUAAGGAGAGAGAAAAGUCUGUGCCCACAUACAAGGACCUGGAUUUCUUGCAGGACAUGAAUGAUGGGCUGUUACUGGAGGGGGACAAGUAUAGUGCUGUUUGCAAGACCAUCCAGAGAGACUGCCUGCUUUUGCAAAGUUUUAAGAUUAUGGACUACAGCCUUCUGGUGGGAAUCCACAAUGUAAAUCAAGCCUGUCGAGAGCAGGCCAGCAAAGAGGCAGUAGCUGGGGCCGGGGCUGUGGACCAACGGAGGCCACAAGUUCAAAAGUCCCUGUACAGCACUGCUAUAGAGGCCAUCCAGGCUGAGGCAGGGAGCAUGGGAUCAAUGGAGACAGAGGACCAAACGGGAGGAAUCCCAGCACAAAACUCAAAAGGCGAGAGGCUUCUGGUGUAUAUUGGUAUCAUCGACAUUCUGCAGUCCUACAGGUUAGUAAAGAAGCUUGAGCACUCGUGGAAAGCUUUGGUUCAUGAUGGGGACACUGUAUCGGUACACAGACCGAGUUUCUACGCAGACCGAUUUCAAAAGUUCAUGUGCAAUGCAGUCUUCAGGAAGAUCUCAUUAAAGACCUCGCCAUCUAAGAAGCGGCGUGCAGUGACACAUGGUCCUUUGAGGAAAACCGCUGGCGCUUGGCCUUUUCUGACCCAAACCAGCACCAACAGCCAGCAGUCUUUCCUCCAACAUCCAGUCAGCUCUGAGGCCAAAGAAGACACUGAAGGAGACAACGUCAUGCAGUCAGGUCGUCCUGACCUCCUCCCAAAGACCUUACCGCCCAGCAACGCUGUUGGCAACACUACUGAAACCACCGUCUCCUCCUCCUUGGGAAACCCUGGAUUUGCUCCAACAAGUCAACCUCCGCCUGAUUCUCAGGAUGCCUACAAGCCAGUGGGAGUGGAUUUAAACAACACACUAAGCAAAGACCAGGAGCUCAGCUCCCCCAAGAGAGCUCAGUAUGAAGAAAGUAUCGGUUCUGAGGAUGUGAUCUCACUCAGCGACAUUGUUCCUAACGCAAACAAAUGCUCUGUGUAAACAAUGAACUCAAAUGAAGACAAACUUGGAGGAUGUCAUGAGCGUGGAUGAAAUGUUACGACCCCCCUUGGUGUGAUUGGAGGUAAAGUUUACAGUGCAUCAUCAAGACCAAGUGGGACAUUAAAUGUUUUUUGUUGUCGUUGUUUUUGCACUAUGAUUUCCAAAUCUCAACAUGGUAUGAGCAUGUCAGUGGGUGGUUCUGUUCUGACACUAGUAAUUGCAGGUACAUUAAUGCUGUGGUUAUUGAACACUAUUCAUCUCAUAGGAAUGAUUCUAUGCACAACCAGAUUGUUCUUGGCACUAAUGUGCGAAACUCAGCCAGCAUUUGAUGUAGACUGUUACAUGAGGAUGCCUUAUUUGAGACAGUCUUUAUUUAAGCGUUGUUUCUAAAAUGUAUAUUUCUCCUUUUUAGAAUUACUUCCUCAUUUUUGUUGACCAAAUGCUGUAGCACAUCCUUGCAUACUUGUCUCUUUAAGUGUAUGUCCCACCAACCAAAGGCCUGCGCCUAGAGUUCUGUUCCUGCUACAUGAUUGACAUGGAUGUCUUAAUACAAAACCAGAUUAUUUGGGUUGGGAACACAGUUUUAAAUAAAACAUUUUUAAGCAAUUACUGUAUACAUACUGGGUAAGCUGCUUUUUUUUAAGCCUACUCUGAAUGCAAAUCAUGCUGGAAAAAGAGGGGGUCCUCAGCUUGUGGUUUUUAUUCAACCAACUAUUCUAACAAUACACUGUGAAUCCUAAAUGUCACCUCAUGUUCAGGUCAAAGGGUUAUAUUCAAAAUAUUUUUUUAUACUUACACUGUACAAUUUGUUAUCAGUUUCAGGUUUAUUUUGUAGACUGGCUUAUGUCUAAAUGUGACCAAAUAACUGAUACUCAGUGACUUGGGGCCUGUCUCAUGAAGCAAUUCCAGUAGGUUAGUUAGCUUAGUUUGAAGUGGAUUUUAUAUAAAAGAACCACCUCCUCACUGAUCAAUUGAUCAGGGAAAAUUGACUCAUAAUUUUAUGAGCUCAAUGAACAGAAACACGUAACUUUUAAGUGUCCUGUAACUAAAAGCAUGACAUGAUUCCAAAGUAGUACAAUCACUUUGUUUUUCAUUAUAAAUUAUGAUAUUUUAAGUAGUUAUAUAGUAAAUGUUGGCAGUAUAAGCAGGUGGCCUACUGUGGCUACAAAAUGGAAUAAAAACUGUUUCUCAAAGAGCAUCAAAUGUACGAUUUCAGAGUAUUUCUAUUGGUUCAGCUCAGCCAUACAGUAAUGGCACAUUCUUACACUGCGACCUAAAGAACAUAAUGUGAUUUUCUAAGAAGGGAUAUGUUUUAUAUAAUCACAAGUAACAACAGAUGGUCUGCAUUGUUAGGUUAAUUUAUGUUAAGCAUCUGAAAUAUCAUCCAAUUGCAUAUCCAUAACACCUUCGGCAGUUUAGGACCUGCAGUCCAGUCCAAACUGCGCUACAUAAAAGGCAAAAAGUAACAGCAGGUAGCAGUUUAGACCUGAAAAUGCAGUGAUUUGCACAACAGACUGUCAAAGAAAGUGACAGCUUCAGCAACUUUGUCUUACAGCCAAUGAGUGUAAAAACAUUUUUGUUUGUUUGCUUUUGGAUGAUAUUCGUAUGUGUGUGUGUUUUCUUUUUAACAUUUUAACCAUAUAAAGAGUUUUUUUGCUUGAGUGUUAAUGUCUUUCCUCUGUUCUCUCGAUAACUUUCUCCAGUAAGUAACAAGGAUAAGGCAAGCAAACUAGGGUAGGAUGCACUGGCCAAAAUAAAUUUACCUUUAUAUAUGAUGGUAGGAGUUUUGACUUUCAUGCUGAAUAUCUAAAACUAUAAACACAAGGGGUACUGCAUUUGAUCUUCGUUUCAUUUUCCUGUUCCUGCUACUUACGAGUGGUGCAUCAAGUAUUUCCUAAACAUUAUUCAUACUUUUUUAUAUUAAUUAUGAUCUUAACCUCACCUCAGUAACAUAAGCGCUGUUGCUGCAAUUCUCCCAAAGGGUUAUCUUCUUCAUCUCUUAUUAAAUUCACUUUCGUUGAUUUGUUGAUGUUGCAUGUGAUUGGCUUAUAAUCAAAAACCUCUGUCAUUUGCUGAACUAGUAAACCCAGGGUUCACCGAGUCAGCUGUGUGAGCUUUGUGAGACGGGUUAUCCAAAUUCAUAAAGAUCAUUUGUUUGAGACAUGCCCCAACAAAGGUAUAGUAGUAGUUUUUUUCAUUAGGAAAACAUGGUGUUAGCUGCCUGGUGAAUAAAAGUACAAGUCUACUUUUUGUAAACUCAAACUGGUAGAGGUAUUAUUCGUUGUUCUAUUAAGUUAGGUUUUUUAACUCAAAAUGGAUGUGCAAUGCUUAAGUGUUCAUUAUUGUUUGAUGUUAAAAAAUGCAGAAUUGUUAUCAUUUUUAGUCUGACGGACAAAUUAAAUUAGUAGCUUGAAAGAUGCUUCAACUAUGCAACAAAAUGCUUCGUUUACAGCGUAUAUACUGUAUUCCUGAAUUAAUAGACAGUGGUGCGAUACAUUAAAUCACAUGACAAUUUUCCAACCAAGAGAAGAUGAACAUGAAUCAUUUGGGUAGUCUUAUACAUCCUGUUAAUGGUACAUCGAGGUAUUUUAUUCUGCUCGCUGUUAUAUAUCAAACUGUCCUACUCCUAUUUUGAAGUGAAACUGUGUCUAAUGAAAGGAACUUUAAAGCAUUUAAAAAUGCAGCCUAUGAACCAAACAUGUACAUAGUCAUAUGUAUUAUAGUAUUUAUUACUGUAUGUAUUACUCUGGUGUCCAAAAUGUUUAUUAAUGGUGAGUAUUGAUUGAAAAUGUGCCUUUCUCUAGCACAACAAGCUUGUAUCAAAGGCAUGUAACUGUAACUGAGUAAAGCCUUUAUUCAUUGUGAUGAUUUUGAUUAUUAUAACAAUUGUUAAAUCAUCCUUUAUUUUUUUCUGUAUAAUUUUUUCAUUGGCCUUCACUUGCAUUUGAAUUAUAUACAAUACAUUUGUGCACAACUUUAUGCAAGAAUCACAACAAUGCCUUUUCACCAGAAUAUAUAUUUAGAAGUUCUCUCUCUUGCUCUUUUGGUGAUUUCAUGUUUUUGUAAACUUGUACCUGAAGUUAUUAAAUAAAAAAUACAUGUUG